AUAUGCAUAUCUACGAUGAACACAGACCAACAGAGCUCACAUUCCUAUUCAGACCGAUUUGAGAAUCAGAGACUGUCAACGAUCCUUUCUUUCUUUCUUUUUUAUUAUUAUUAUUUUCCAUAACCAUACAUAGACAUAGACAAAGGCAUGGAUCUCAACCAGCCUCCAGGUGAAAAUUAUGCUAAUCCGAAGACAUGUUUCUUUCACGUUCUCUUCAAGGCAGCGGCUUUGGCCUUUUACAUACUCUCUGCCCUCUUCUUUGACAAUUUUGUUAUCAUCUUUGUGGUGACUGUCAUUCUUACUGCUUUUGACUUUUGGGUAGUCAAGAAUGUGAGUGGCCGCAUUUUAGUUGGUUUGAGGUGGUGGAAUGAGAUAAAUGAUCUCGGUGAGAGUGUGUGGAAGUUUGAGUGCCUUGAUCAAGAGUCACUGGCCCGGAUUAACAAGAAAGACUCUUGGCUAUUCUGGUGGACUCUUUAUCUCUCGGCGAUUGCUUGGAUUGUUCUUGGAAUAUUCUCUCUCAUCAGGUUCCAAGCUGAUUAUCUCCUGGUUGUUGGGGUUUGUUUGACCCUCAGUAUUGCAAAUAUUGUUGGCUUUACCAAAUGCCGUAAAGAUGCAAAGAAGCAGCUUCAAGCAUUCGCUUCUCAGACCAUUGCGUCUCGAGUUACAUCUACUAUCCAGUCGGCAUUCAGUGUUGUGUGAGCGUCGUUACAGAAGAUGGAACAAAGAGGAAGAAAUGAAUUCGCAGAAUAGAUAACAAAGAAAGCGGACAUAGCAUUGUACAAAUUUUGCUAUUUUUGAGUCGGUGUUAUGUUCGAAUUGCUGUAGAGAUACAGUUAGAUGUUCUCUUUAGGACACUGGAUUUAUAUGGAUUUGUAGAAUGAACUAUGAAACAAAACUUAUGGCAAACUGCAUCUUCGAAGUUGCAUAACCAAAUGAGAGAUCGGGCAUAAUUGUUUUUUUGUUUU